AUGUCCAGUGCUUUAAGGCGCAACCACUUUGACAGAAGGGAUGAAGAGCUUAAGCAAAGGGAUGAGGAGCUUAAGUGCCUAAGCAGGUUGGUGAGGGAUUUGGAGUUGGAAGUAAGAGGCAGGCGUAGGAGAAGGGACAAGGAGGAACAAGAAGAAGGGUCAGCCAGUAUCGAGGGCCAUCAUAGAGCAGGCUCCUAUCAAUCCGGGUCUCAUCGCCAUCGAGAACGCUCGCGGGAAUAUAUAGACCGAGAUUCAAUUUCCCCGAAAAAGCGACAACCCUGGAACACUACCAUGGACACUAUGAGAUGCGCAUUGCACUGGGCCACCCGAUCACCAUUCUCGAGAGACAUUGAAAGGGCUUCUAUGCCGAGCAGAUUUACAUGGCUGCCAUUUAAUUCUUACGAUGAAAAGACAAACCCGGUAGAGCAUGUGAGUCAUUAUAUUCAAAUGAUGUCUUCACACACUUAUAACGACGCAUUGAUGUGUAAGGUAUUUCCUUCAAGCCUCAGUCCCACAGCGCUAAGGUGGUUUAAUGGGUUGAGGAAAGGCUCGAUUCUCAGUUUUUCUGAGUUGAUUCAAGAAUUUGGUGUUCGGUUCAUGACCUAUAGUCGGGUUCCACAACUCAUGAAUGCGUUGCUGUCGAUGAAAAUGGGGGUUGGAGAAACCCUCUGCAGCUACACAAACCGGUAUUGGAAGCUAUACAAUGAAAUUGACAGAGGUAAUGAAAAGAUGGGGUUGCCCGAGGAUUCCAAACUGCAAGAUUCUUUGACAAGAAGGCCUCCUGAGGACAUGAGGCAACUUAUGAGAUAUAUUGAAGAGAACAAGCGGUUAGAGGAUGACCGGUUGCAGAGUAAAGGCAAGGCCCCGGUCAUAAACCAUCCUCGGCAGAGUGGUUUGCAGUCCAGACCCUGGAAGGAAUUGAGGAUUCAAGAACCGGGUCCACAGGUGGGAGAAGUGAUCGUAGCCUUCAAGGAGCUGGUGCACAGGAUCAUGGAUCGAAUAAAAAAUGAGUCGUACUUAUGGUGGCUGAACAAGAUGGGGGGUGACCCUUCAAGGAGGAAUCAAAACUUGUACUGUACUUACCAUAGGGAUAAGGGGCACACAACCGAACAGUGCAGGGUGUUAAAGGAUCAUUUGGAGCAGUUAGUAAAGGCCAGAUAUUUGAAAGAGUUUGUGAUAAACCCCAGGAGUCAAGAAGCCGGGCAGGGUAUUCGGCCACGCAGGAAUCCUCUCCCACCCCCUUUGGGAGUAAUAGAAGUCAUCCACGUUACCCUAAGGGGCUCUCAGGUAUCUAAGAGGAAGGGGGUGUUGACUGUGGUAUUGACGGAGGGCAGCACAGAUGAUUAG